AUGCAGGUUAUACAACCUUCCAACUCUCAGCCUGAAGAUGUAGAUGAUAUUUCAACAAUUGAGUCUUCGUUUCAAAACUUUGAUUCAAAGUUCAACAAUUACAAUCUGUCAGGGAAUGACAUGCAUACCUUGAGUUUAUUAGGAGCUGUUGGAGCCGGUUUCAAGCAAUUCCCGUUUAUUGAGAAUACAACAACUGAAGAAGAAGUAAAAGGUGAUAUAGAGUCCAUUAACAUCGACACUUCCGGAGGGGGACCUGUGUUUCUUGUUUAUCAACAGAAAACUGAGAAGCUUCUUCAACUAGUCAAAAGUGUUGUUACCCCUGGCUGUGCAAAUUCUAUCGACAGAUUCAAAUUAACAGACAUGCAAAAGAUUUUUAGCACCUUGGAUUCUCUGACUCGCUUUGAACCGUAUUUGUCCUUGGAGGGAGUGAACAUAACGGUAGACAUUGUCGACACAGUAAUUGACUGUUUGGAAUAUGGUAGCAGAAGAACUCCUCUAUCUGCAAGCACAGUUGAAGGUUUAACAGACAUUGCUAAUGUUUAUCACCGUGUAUUGGACAAUGUCUUGAACAAGAUGCUACCUCGGAAGCUGCAAGACUUGGAUGUCGAGCUUUCCGAAGACAAUAUAAGAGCGGAAAUCAUGUUGCAUGUCAAAUUCUUCCUACAAGAAACCAGUCUAUUAAAACAAAAUCAAGGCAACAUAACUUUAGACUACCAAAGCAUUAAUAGACAAGUCGAUUUUAUUUAUCGAAUACGAGCACAUGGGCGACAGUUUCAACUUCAGCAGAGAGAAACCGUAUGUAAUUAAUU